AUGUCCGCCACCAUGAGAUCGGCUCGACUGGUGCGCAGCACCACCGCAUUGCGGCCUACCCUGGCUGCUCGCACUCGCGCCAGCGCUCUCGGCCCGGCCUCAUUUGCUGCGGCGAGCAGCCUUCUUUUCAACGGUCGCGGAAUGCCGUCGACGGUGUCUGCCCUCGCAAUUUUGAUUCCCCAGCGUGGCUAUGCUACUGAGCAAUCCACCUCGAACUCGUCCUCCUCGCAGUCAUAUCCCCCUCCCGGCUUCAACGCCGAGCAAGCCAAGAAGCCGCUCCCUCAGGACCAAGCGCAGUCAUCACAAUCCGACACUACCCCGACUAAGAAGUCUGACGCUGCACCUACUUCUAAGGCGCAGGCGCAAACUCCUGCGGCCAAGGGUGCCGCGACUGAGGACCAGAAGAAUGCGGCGAAGAAGGAUGCUAAGAAGUUGACGCUCGGCCAGAAGGUCAAGAAGGAGCUUCAGCACUACUGGGACGGCACCAAGCUACUUGCGACGGAGGUUAAGAUUAGCUCACGAUUGGCGUUGAAGAUGGCGGGUGGAUAUGAGCUCAGCCGGAGAGAGCACCGUCAGCUUCAACGUACUACCAAGGACCUCGGGCGCUUGGUUCCUUUCUCCAUGUUCCUUAUCGUUCCCUUCGCCGAGCUCCUCCUCCCCGUCGCCUUGAAAAUGUUCCCCAACAUGCUUCCCAGCACCUACGAGGGCCAGAAAGCUCGUGAUGCUAAGGCUGUCAACCUGAGCUCGACCCGGAAAGAGGUCUCUGGCUUCUUGCGCAACACACUACGGGAGAGCGGUUUGCCCUUGACCGCUGCCAGCGUGAAGAACGAGGAUUUCGCAGAUUUCUUCCGCAAGAUUCGCACCACCGGUGAAUCGCCCUCAACCGAGGAUGUCAUCAAGGUCUGCAAGAUCUUCAAGGAUGACCUGACUCUGGACAACCUGUCUCGUCCCCAGCUGGUGGCUAUCUGCCGCUACAUGAACCUCAACUCCUUUGGCACUGAUGCCAUGCUCCGUUACAACAUUCGUCACCGUAUGCGUCAGAUCAAGCGUGACGACCGUGCCAUCUUCUACGAGGGUGUUGACUCCCUUUCCGUGCCUGAGCUUCAGAUGGCUAGCGCUUCCCGCGGCAUCCGCACCCACGGUGUGUCCCCCGCCCGUCUUCGCGAAGAUCUCUCCAUGUGGCUCGACCUGCGUCUCAAGCAGGGUGUCCCCUCCACUCUUCUCGUUCUGAGCAACGCCUACAUGUACACCCAGGGUGGCAAGGAGUCCGAGAUGGCCUCGCAGAUUGACGCCCUCAAGUCUGUGCUUUCCAGCAUUCCCGAAGAGCUGUUCCACGAGAUCGAGCUCGAGGUCCACAAUGCCGAGGGUGCUGCCACCAACAAGCAGCGUCUGGAGGUUAUCAAGGAGCAGGAGGAGCUCAUCGAAGAGGAGACCAAGCAGAACAGCGAGAACGAGGGCAAGGGUGUUGCCGCUCCCAAGGAUACCGAAGAUAUCGACGACAAGGAAGAAACCAAGGUCGAAGCCUCUGCGCAAGGCACCGACGAGCAGUCUGCUGAGGCUUCCGAGGCUAUGAACGAGGGUGCCAAGGCCGAUACGACCAAGGAGGAUGAGAAGAAGACGAGCCAGAGCUCGUAG